CACUUCGUACAGCUAGCAUGGACCUUGGAUCCCAGUGUUUCCGGGCCAGCAUCCUGUUCCAAGCAUUUGUUCUCCUCCCAAGCUGCCUCUGCCUUUCCGUUCGUCUCUCGUGCCAGCAGACGGUCUAUGUGGUAAGUGGAGGGAAUUUGGUCCUGACGGCUGAUUUCGGCUCGGAAAAUCACGUCACCAAGGUCACAUGGGAGCACAUGGGCAAAGGAAAUUCUGUGAAAACCACUGUGGCUGAAUAUCCUGCUCGAAGCAAUGCAGGACGAGUGACCUUAGACAAGGGCGGGGCCGUAAUGACGCUACGGAACUACCAGGGGAAGGACACCGGCAUGUACACGGUCACAGUCCGAGAUGAGAAAGGAGACCAAAGUUCAUCACAAUGCGCCGUUAAUGAGUACGUGGCUGUGCACCACGUGUCAGUAAUGGUGAACGUCUCGCACUCCAUCCUGCACUGUAUGGAGGCCUGGGGGACGGAGCCCGUCUUCCAUUGGCUCCACGAGAAAGUGGCAGUCACAGAUGCAGUGGGUCACGUGUCACCAGAUGGCACCACUCUGCACCUGAACACGCCGCUGUGUGGCCACUUCACAUGCCUGGUGAGCAACAAGCUGGGGCACAGCUCAUCUACCUACACCGCAGCACCCUGUGAAAGAGAAAGCCGAAGCAGUGCUGUAGCUGUCGUGUGCCUCGUACUGUUCCUGCUCUUGGCUGGAGGAUUUUCCUAUCUGCUCUGGAGGAGAUGCCCUAGAUACAGGAACAGAGGAGAGAGACUGCAAGAACCAGAGGACGACAUGUAACCUCUACACUCGAGUCAUGGACCAUGGAGGAGACGUGUUCUCAGAGAUUGAUUGGUUCAAGUUGACAUUCGGUUUAGAAGACAUUUCUGACAUGCUACCAGGGUUAUGGUCAUGUUGGACAAGUAAAGUGAAGUGAAAAAGUUACCUUUUUUUAAGCAUCUUGGCAACAGCUUUAAGCAAAUAAACAAGUGUGGGAAGCUUUUUCAAAACAGGAACAUGUACAGUUUACUUUAUUUCCUGUGGUUUUCUUUUGCUUUCUCUGUUACCAGACUUGUCCGCAUUUCAUGCUUAAAGUAUUAAGACAACAAUACGGCAUGUAUUAUAGUUCUCCCUGUGCACAAAACUAAUGAGUUCUAUCUGAUUGAAGAGUCUGGCUGUGUGACAAUGGUAUUGAGCCGUGGCUUGGGUCAUCUCCGGACCUAAACCCGAUAGAACGCUGUUGGACAGCAGCAGUCACGAAACCGUCUUCUAAUGAACACUUGAUCUUCAGGAAGCGAUCAAGCAGGCCAGGAUUGAGCGAGUGACACUAGAGUAUUGCAGAUGGCUGUUUGACAAAUUGUUAUAUUAUUAUUAUUUUGAUUGUCAUUAUUAAAAAAUAUAAAAAUAUCAUUAAAACAUUGAAUUUCACUUUUGCCUCAAUACUAUUGGCCAGCACUGCGUAUUGUGUUCGUGUGUAUUGGGGAUGAGAAUCACCAGGGUUCAGGCUCUGCGAUAUUAUGAUGAUACCUACAGUAGCUGCCGAUUAAAUAUCCUCAUUCAAUAUAAAUUUUUCCCCCAAUUUUGUUAAAAUUCUCAACAAACUAAAAAUAAUUUAGUCUUAACACACUGGACGCUGCGCUGCCUCCCAAUGUGUUGUCUAGCCAUCAAAAUGUGGCCGUUCUCACAGUGCUACGUUCUCAAUACCUCAUUACAAUGGCGGCUGAAAGUAGGUGGGAUAUUAGUGCAAAACAGAACAUCUACAGAAGCCUGAUGUGUUUUGGAAACAAGUGCAGUGGACUGAUGAAGUUAAAACAGAACUCUUGGCCACAAUCAGCAAAGGCAUGUUUGGAGUAAAAAAGGAGCAGCAUUUCAUAAGAAGAUCACCCUGCCAACUAUUACGCAUGGCGGUGGAUCUAUCAUGCUUUGGGGUUGUGUUGCAGCCAGUGGUACAGGUGGAGGGAGGAAUGGAUUCCACUAAAUACCGCAAAUUCUGGAAGCAGACAUUACAACAUCUGUGAAAAGGCUGAAGCUAAAAAGAGGAUGGUUUCUACAACAGGACAAUGAUCCUAAACAUAGCUCGAAAUCCACUAUGGAAAACCUCAAGAGACACAAGCUGGAGGUUUUGAAACGGCCAUCACAUUUCCCUGAUUUAGACAUCAUUGAAAAUUUGUGGGUAGUUCUCAAGAGAACUUUGCAUGCAAGACGACCAAAGAAUAUUACAGAACUCGAAGUCUUUGGCAAGUAAGAAUGGGAGAAAAUCCCAAGUACAAGAAUUGAAGGACUUUUAGCUGGCUAUAAAAAAGGGUUUGCAAGCUGUGAUAUCUGCCAGAGGAGGUGUUACUAACUACUGAUUAUGGAGGGUGCCCAAACUUUUGCACAGUGCCACAAUCAUGUUUUUAUUUUUUUAUCUUUGUUCAGUUUAUGGCAUAAAAUGUAACUAUGCAUCAAUGUUUGCUAAAAGUAUUGUGCGUUUUUUUUUUUAAUUAUUUCCAAGAGAGACUAUGUUAACAUCUUUUCAAUAGAAAAUCUGUUAACUGCAAGGAGUGUCUAAACUAAAGUUUUUUUUAAAUUAUGUAAAAAUCUGGUCCUUUGUAUUAAGCGUUGCUAGAUUUGUAUGAAAAUAUUGAAGACUACUA